UAGCUUGGAUGGCACGUGUCCCCAGUAUCUGGUCUUUGAAUCAUCCUAAUUUCUUUCGCACCACCUGUUCUUGCAACCUAGCACGACAGCUUCCUUUCUCAGUACAGCGAAAAUUGGACCACGAAAAAAACUCAGAUUUAUAAGUUAGUUCGCAAUGGUGCCCGAAGACGAGGAGAUCACUGAGCCUGCCGCCUUGAUUAAAGACCUUAUAUAUCAUGGGAAAUUGGUCGAAGCCCCCUCAAAGCUCACACCUCGCAGACGAAAACCUCACGUCGAUGACAAUCAAUCAGUGGGGACUAUUUCAACAUCAUACUCCAAAGCCUAUUCUACCUUCUCAGCCCCUAACUUUGACUUCCACAUGCAUUCUCCAUCGGCAACGACCCCGACCACAUCCCGACAUCAAAGCCCCACCCGGCUGACAUCUGCACCGAAUCUAGCUAUGGAGCUUGGUCUUGUUGGAAUUGGAGAGCAUGUCAAGUCAUUGCCCUCAGGCAAGUUCACCGCAAAUUUGCCGAUUCUUUCUCGGGAUCCCCACCUGCCAGAAUCUCAAUUCUCCCGGGACGGAGUAAGUACUCCGACUGGUACCAACGCCGCGGAUAUGACACCGAUCAGCUCUCCAGAGUCCGACUCUGAUUCUGAUAUCUGUCGCUCUGAUCUUGAUCUAGAGAGAGCCGCCAACAUUGCAUUAUCUCGUUGUUUUGGGGUUUGUCUCAAUCGGCUCAGUCGUCCCGUUCGUGUCAUUGAGGCAUUCUCCAAGUUCAAAGAUCAGUGCGCCGAGAUUCUGCGAGAAGAGGAAUCAUUUUCAACUAUUGACUGGGAUGACGACGGCUUUUCUUGCUACGAUGUCGAAGUAGGCGACGCGAGCAACGGCAGUUCAGGGUAUGACGAGACCUCAAAUCGAGCUCAACAGUCAGAGUCAAGGACAAAGAAGCGACCGGCCGAAGAAGAAGGUGGCGACGAUGACCAUGACGACAUUGACCAAAAUCCUGAUCAAGACCAAGGGCCGACAAGAAGAGGGCGCAGUAAGAGACGACGGAUUGGGUGCCGAGAGGAUUACAGUUGCCCCUUCAGAAAACGCAACCCCUGCAGAUUCAAUGCUCGGGAUUUCGAUCCCUGUGCCAACAAAUCCUAUAAAGAUAUGGCGGAAUUGAAGAGACAUAUCAGCGCGGAGCAUGGGAAUCAAUCUUGCACUUACUGUGGGCAACCACGAAGGGGCGAAGACCACCCACCUGAAGAUUGUCUUCACAACCGGCAGUCGAACCCCAAUCCCGACCCUAAAGACCCAGAAGAUGGCGUGGAUAACCGCAAAGAUAAAGUUCUCAGAAGCCGUACUGCCGGCUGCAAAAUCCAAACCUGGCGUCAAUUGUGGAAUCUACUUUUUCCUGAUGAUGAAGAGGUACCAUGCCAAAGUUUUGAUCCUGUUAUCGAACACCAUGAUAUAGCCGUUAAGGGAUGCAAGAAGUUUGUCUUGAAGACUGCCAAAGAUAUCAUGGAUUUCGUACACCAAAGUCCUAGUCUUUCAGUACAGGUCCUUCAGGAGAUCAUACACAAAAGGACCAAAGAUCUUCUUCAAGGCUCCAAGUAUGCUGACUAUGAACGGUACAACAUGGAGGAAAGCAGCGAUUCCGUCCAGAUCCCAACGCCGACGAAGGGCAAGUUUGUUGUCCCGGUGAUGCACGACCAAGUCUACUCCGUAUUGGAUGAUGGUGAGUCCCCAGUUAUUAUCGCCACGCCGCAACCUUCCCCACAGGGUGUAGAUACAAUACCCAAUAGUACAUCAACAGGGUCAAAGUUUUCGUCUUCAAUCAUCCGUGAACGACCGAUUGCACCUAAAAUGGAGCAAGGCCCUCCACCAAAUGAUUCUCAGAAGGCCUGCCUAGCACCUGGGGCGUUCUUGCAAAAUGGGUCUCCCAUACAUGUAUCCUCUGGAGACCAUCAAGCCCCCAGCCUCCUGGAUCUGGAUGCUGGAAAUAUUCUCAAUUGGUCAGACAUGGACCUGAAGAACUUGGGAGGGUAUUUUUGGGAUGAUUUCGUGAAUAUGGGAGAUGUAACCGCCGAAGACCCCUGGAUGUCUUGCGUGAAACCAGAUCCAGGACCGAGUUUCCGGCCUUUUGGCGGUCCGGGCAAUGACACCUAAAGUAGACCUAGUUGUUAUUUAAUCUUUUGUCUUUCAAGUAGCUAGUCGUAGUGAAUUCAUAUUCAAGCUUUCAUAUUAACUUUCAUAACAGGCUGUCUACCA